ACUGAGAAUGGGGCAGAGAGAGGAAAGAGGGAAUCCCAAGCAGGCUCCUCUCAGCAGGAGCUGGGAUGCAGGGCUCAAUCUCACCAACUGCAAGGUUGUGACCUGAGCUGAAAUCAAGAGUUGCAGGCUUAACUGAGCCAUCCAGGCACCCCACUAGCCUCCUUUUGCGCGUGAGAAAAUACUGUUCGCACAAUUACUCUCCAAAAUCUUUUCCCCCCAACUGUAUUGAGGAGUAACUAACAAAUAUUUUUGUAUAUAUUUAAAGUGACGAUUUGGUAUACAUGCAUGUAUAUCCAUCAUAAACAUGUACACAUGAUGAUUAUAAAUACACAUACGUUGUGGAAUGAUUACCAAGAUCAAGAUAAUGAACACAUGCUUCACAUAGCUGACUCACAUAGUUAAUUCUUUGUGUGCGUGCGUGUGUGUAUGUGUGUAUAGUGGGAAUGCUUAGGAUCUACUCUCAACAACUUUCAAAUAAAUAUACAACACCAUAUCAUCAACCAUAGUUAGCAUGCUGUACAUUAGAUCCUUGGAAUUUAUUCUUUUUCUUAGAAAGUUUGCACCAUUUAACCUACAUUUCCCCAUCGACCCCUCACCCCAUCACCAAAGUCAUAUGACAAUUAAAUUGCAAAGCCUCGUUCCUAAUCUCUGUAAUCUGUACCACUCCACAGUGCCUACACCCAAAAGGGAAUAAAUCUUUACUUCCCAGAGAAGAGAGGCUGCUAGUAAGGUAUUGCAAGGCUUUGCCUUAGCUUUAUCCAAUACGUAAUUUUUUUUUUUUUAAGAAAGAAAUAUAUGGCAUGCUAAUAAAAGACAAAAACCGCAUUAUCAUCCUAAUGAACACAUACAAAAAAAGCAUUUGGAAAAAAUCCAACAUCCAUUCAUGAUAAAAAACCCUCAACACCACAAUAAAAAGGGAACUUUCUUAACCUGAUAAAGGGCCAUCUAUGAAGAGCUUACAGCUAACAUCAUAAUGAAAAAAGCCAAUGCUUUUCCUCCUAAAAUCACAACAAGACAGGGAUGUAUGCCCUCAAAACUUUUAUUCAACAUUGUACUGGAAGUUACAGCCAUUAGAAAUGAAGAUACAGCAUGCUUAUAAUUAAGAUAUAGCUUUGUAAAUGGACGAUAGAAUUUGACGAAUCUGAUUCAAAAUUACUGCCACAGGCUGAUUAAGGGAGUAAACAUGAUAUGUAAAUUAAAGCCAAAAUUGUGUGUGGGUUGAAAAGCCAACGGGAAGAUACAAAAUUCUGCAAAAGUAUGACCAGAUACCUACUGUGUGCCAUGCACCAGAAUCCUUCCUGGGUGAUUUAAAUCCAGAUUAAAAAAUGUCUAGGCUAGACUAAGGCAAGUUUUCCUGCGAUCUUUAAACUGCUUGGGAACUUAUUAAGAAUUCUCUAAUUCGAUUGUGUUAAUUCUUCAGGACCGAGGGUGUGUAUACUUUGAUUCCCCAUGGUUUCCAAUCAUUAUCACGAGAUCAAUAUCCUUCUGUUGGAUGACUGCUUUGCCCCUGCUACCUGAACCGAACUACAUGGAAGCUAAGGAAGCUUAUCCAAACACGUGAACAGCGCGUUUCAGGAAGACAGUGCCCCGCACAGUGCCUACACCAGCCUGAAAUUCUAACAACUCUCCCAAGUUUGGGAAGGCGGCCGAGUUUUCUGAAACUCCUUCUCUGAGCAUGAGCGGAAGUCACCCUUUGAGCAAUCUGCGGGUUUUUUAGAUAAUAGGUACCAUAUUAAGAAGCAAUCCGUUACGUUCUCUUUUUUCCGUUGCACCCACAAGCAAGUGACCAGGUGACGAAUUUGUCUUCGUUACAAGAAAAUAAAGACCGCACUCAAAGAAGCCCGAAGGCAGCCCAACAGCCCAUCUUCCCACAGUAAAGAUGGCGGCCCCCUGAGUGUAAACUGCAGGCAGUACCACUUCCGCGUUUCUCUGGCGCCCUCGUCCAAGAUGGCGGACGAGGCUACCCGGCGUGUGGUGUCUGAGAUCCCGGUGCUGAAGACUAACGCCGGACCUCGAGAUCGUGAGUUAUGGGUGCAGCGACUCAAAGAGGAAUAUCAGUCUCUUAUCCGGUACGUGGAGAACAACAAGAAUGCCGACAAUGAUUGGUUCCGACUGGAGUCCAACAAGGAAGGGACUCGGUGGUUUGGAAAAUGCUGGUACAUCCAUGACCUGCUCAAAUAUGAGUUUGACAUUGAGUUUGACAUUCCUAUCACAUACCCCACUACUGCUCCAGAAAUUGCAGUCCCUGAACUGGAUGGAAAAACAGCAAAGAUGUACAGGGGUGGCAAAAUAUGCCUGACUGAUCACUUUAAGCCUUUGUGGGCCAGGAACGUGCCCAAGUUUGGACUCGCUCAUCUCAUGGCUCUGGGGCUGGGUCCAUGGCUGGCAGUGGAAAUCCCCGAUCUGAUUCAGAAGGGCGUGAUUCAGCAUAAAGAGAAAUGCAACCAAUGAAGGAUCAAGCCACUGAGGCAGGACAGAGGGACCUUUGACGGGCUAUGUUCUGUUCCUGUUUCUGUGCCUCACUCCUACUCAUCCACCUGCUUCCCCCCCAAGCCCCUCCACCCAUAAAUUGUUACUAAGUAGCCGCAUCAGGCGUUGCUGAAAAAAAUAACACAAUCGCCACUGAAUUUCUAAGGCUACACAGGGAGGGGAAAGACGGGGGCUUUGGAAAACCAAGGCAAUUCAUAUCCCUUCCCCAGGUGGAACAAUGUGAGAUCCAGGAAGGAUGGGAAGCAGGCUGGAAAGUGGGUGCAUAGUCUUUUUGGUCUCUGGAGAUAACUCAUCAAUAAAAGCUGCUUCCUCUGAUGA